CACAUGUGAGGACGAACCGAGGCGCAACACCCGGUUUAGGUCUCAGCUGGUGCCUAAACAACAAUGGCGACUGCUAAAGAGGACCUGUGGAAGAUCCUGGAGAACCUGACAAUCGACCAGUUCAAAAAGUUCAAGUGGCUGCUUGAGGAUGAUGGGAAUGACUCCGGAGGGAUCCCGGUGUCCCGGCUGGAGAAGGCGGACCGGCCGGACACGGUGGACCUGAUGCUCCAACAGUACGACGAGGCCGAGGCGCUGAGGAGAUCGUUGCAGGUUUUAGCGAAAAUUGGCAGGAAUGAUCUGGUACAACGUCUGUCAAACACAAGAUCGGCGCAAAGAGGCCUGACUGCUGCUCCUUCUCGAUGUGAAAGACAGAAGUCCAGACUGAGGGAAAUGAAGUUGGAAACGAGGCUGAAAAUAAAAGAGAGAGAGAUGAAGAUCUGUGAGAUCCGGCGUUCAGCAGAGCUGAGCAGGAAGUCUGCCGAGCGACAGACAGCAGAGAGUCAGCAGACAUUCAGGGUUUUAAUCCAGUCGGUCGAGGAAAGUCUAUCCCAUCUCACCAAAGCCGUCGAGGAGAAGCAGAAGACUUUCCAAAACCAAGCGGAGAAGCUCAUCAGAGAGCUGGAGGAGGAAAUCUCAGAGCUGACGAAAAGCGAGGCGGAGCUGGAUCGUCUUCUCCUUACGGAUACCAACCUGCAGUCCCUCCAGGACGUAAAAACCUCCGACCUCACAGAGUUCUCCGCUCCUCAGCCGUCCUACGGCAAAACUGUCAUGGCUUCCAUGGACAAGCUGAAAGAAAUGCUUGACAGAGAGAUGGAGAGGUUCCUCAGCAAGGCCAAGCUGAUCCGAAUGCAGCAGUUUGAGGUCGAUGUGACUCUGGAUCCGGACACGGCGCAUCCCAACCUGGUUUUAUCUCCAGACAGGAAGCGGGUCCACUGUGGCGGCGUGAAGCAGAAUCUCCCCGAUAAUCCGCAGCGGUUCGACACUGCGGCCAACGUUUUGGGCAGCCAGAGUUUCUCCUCUGGAAGAGUUUACUUUGAGGCUGAGGUGAGAGAAAAAACGGCCUGGGACGUCGGCGUCGUCUACGGGUCGAUUGGCAGGAAGGGGUCGAUCUCAUCAAUCCCCGGCAGCGGCUACUGGGCCGUCGGAUUACGAAGCGGCGAUACGAUCAAGGCGGCCGGUUUGAACCUGAAUGUAAAAUCUCAAUUGAACAAAGUCGGUGUUUUUGUGGAUUACAAAGAGGGCUCCGUCAUUUUCUAUGACAUUGAUUCUGCAGAACAGAUCCACCGAUUCUCAGACUGCUCCUUCACGGAGGAACUUUAUCCGUUCUUCAGUCCCGGCGUUCAUCAAGGCGGCUCCAACGCCAAACCUCUGGUCAUCUCUCAAAUACAAUAAUUUAACUUUUUAAACCAAUUUGAGCUGUAAUUGUUAUGAUUGUUUUCUAGAUGUUAACAGGAGACGAGAUAAAUCAUUUUCAGGUAAAAAGAGGAAUUAUGUAGACAAGAUGCUCAUGUUGUAAUAAAAUCCAGACCUUUUUGUUUAUAAAUAACAUUAAGUUUCUCUGUUAUUGUUACCAUCAUGAAUAAAUAAGGGUUUGUUGUUAUUUUUUUUCAUUUUGGAUAUCACUGGGUCAGGUCUUUUUCUAGAUAUAAGUCUGUCAAUAAUAUUUUCACAAAUAUUUACUAGCCAUGUAUUUUUGAAAGUUUGAAAAUAUAUAUUUUUAGGUCAAAAACACAUAAAUUUCAGCGACUGUCCCACAGAUGAUACAUGUGUUUAAAUUAAGAGCUUAAAACCAGUAAGGCCUGCAAAUAGUUAAAUUAUAAACAUAAUUUUAAUUCAGCUAUUUUAAUUAUUUUUCUGCAAAACAUUUGAGAAAGGAACAUAGGUUUUUUUGUAGUACCAUCUUUUUGCCACCAGAUGGCAAUAUGCGCUCUUUACUUUGCUGUUUUCCUUCUGAGUUUUCUGAAUCUCAUCCUAUCCAUCUCUUUUUGUAAGAACAUUUCCAAACCGUAUCUUUCCUCUCCAAGCUGUUUAUUUGUAAUCCCAUCCAUCCUGAUCAUCCCAAUAAAAAUCUAUUAUCAAAUAGGAGGUGGGAUCUAAACAAUGUUGUUUUUCUUUGCACAAUGUGUGUAAAUUGUGUUGAAUUGAUGUCAUUGAUAU